CCUAUGGUGCCCAAGAGGGGUUCGGAGCGAGGUUGUUCGGUGCCUAAGAGCACUGAGAAGCUCUUGGACACCCUACUGCAGACUCUCUACGACAUGGGAGAGAAAGAAGGUGAAACAGGACAGAAGAAAAUCAGAAAGAAGAGAGAAAAUAGGAAGACAGAAGGGGUUGCAGUAGCUGUGGCAGAGGACAAAACUCCACCUGGUUCUUUCACAAAAAAAAAAAAAAAAAAAAAAAAAAACAGAAGUGUUUCCAGCUUUUUCAGGGAACUCAGAGAAGAGUUGAACCAUGCCUCUGUGAUCACCUCACACAAUCCACCUUCAGGAGCAAAAGUUCCUACUGCUGCAGGAUCACCCUCUCCCCUGCAAAACUACAAGGAGCAAGUGGAAGUGGUAGAAUUUCACAGCAGAAAUAAAAAAAGAAAACCAAAGCCAGAUCAAGAUGAGUGCAUAAAGACUAAAACCAGUGUCCAUGAGAAAGAUGCAGAUAUUCAAGAAUUUAAUCUAGAAAAGGCUCGGUUGGAAGUGCACCGAUUUGGGAUCACGGGCUACGGGAAGGGAAGGGAAAGAGUCCUGGAACAGGAACGUGCCAUCAUGCUCGGUGCCAAGCCUCCCAAAAAUAGUUACGUAAAUUACAAAGUUUUACAGAACCAGCUCAAAGAAAAAAAGGCAGCAAAGGAAGAAGAGAAGAGAGUGGCCAGGGAUGCAGAUAUUUUCAAGAAGAGGAGGAGAGGGCAGGAAGAUAGGAAAUCCAAGAAGAAGAGGACAGCUCCCAGUAUUUUGUCAAGCGGAAGAGUUGGGCAGGUUGGAAAAUUCAAAAAUGGGACAUUGAUCCUGAGCCCACUUGAUAUCAAGAAGAUAAAUUCUUCCAGAGUACCUAAAUGAAGUACUUCAUCAGAUAAAGAGAACAAAUGACCAUCUGACCUUGGACCUGACCAGACUUCCAGACAGCUCAUGUGCCAGGCGCUGCCUCUGCACUUG